AUGAUUGCUCGGCGUAGUUCUGACCUGGACAGUUUUUUGAAAAGGGUCGAGACUUUAGAUAAUAAGAAGAACCAACAGACAUCACCUCGAGUGAGACAGCCUUCUGCAGAGAGUAAAUACUCCGAAAGUGACUUACAGAAAGCAAGUGAACUUCUGGAUGAUGAUAGUUUAGCAUAUAGGUCUGCUUACAACUAUGAAAGGACAUUUUCACCCAAGAAACCUAGCUAUAGUAUUAGUGAUUUUGCAUUAGAAAAUAAUGUUUCUUCAGACAGCGAGGCUUAUAUUGUCUCUAAGGAAGACUAUAUGCUUCUAAACAAAUUGAAAACACAAAACCAAGUGGCUGCACUGCCUUCUAGGGGUCAACCUAGAGAAAGACAUUCCUCAAUCUCUUCUUCACCACGUCACCAGAAGGAUGAUGUCUAUGAAAAGAGAUUUAAUAAGAUUAUGUCCAAAAAACGUGAUCCGAAUCCACCACAAUUACCUACAAGACCUGGUACAUCUGAGGACAUCGAAAAGAAACAUUUUGUUAUCAAGGAUAGAAAACGCAAUUCGAUUUAUGCGUCUGUACCAAUUAUUGACGAUAACUCCAGGGAAUCCAGUAUCAUUUUUGAUGAUGAUUCUGAUAUAUUAGCUUCGCCAACAGGAAAAGGAAUGAGUUCUUUAAACGUCAACUUAGGCUAUCAAAGAAAAUUACCCCACGAUGACACUCUAUCACAGCCAAUUUUGCAAAACCUCAUCAAAAAGGAACCUCCACUCGUGUCUCGUGCCACUAAACCAGAAUUAAAACCACAAUCAGAAAUUAAAAGUAAGCCAGAACCUCCAGUAUCCCGAAAGCCGAUUGAUAUCAAAUCAAUGUCAUUCCUAACAUCAUUGGAUAAAAAUAAAUUGUCUAUAUCUCAUACUCAUGACGGAUCACCAAAGAAGGUUACGAAUAUUCAUGUGGAUUAUAUAGAUUCAAUUCAGUUGAAAGAAAAUAUUUCUCUGCCAAGCAAGGAAAACUUGCAAAGUAACUUGGAGACAAAAAUUGUUCCAAAAUCUGAAUCAUUUAUCAAUUCUGCAUUGAAAACGAAAAAAUCGGCAGCAAAGGUUCUUGAUAAACCUCUUUUACCAUCAAAGCCUAAGAACUUGAAAAUUUCUGGUAAAUUAAAUGCUGAUAAAGAAAAAGACACCCAAUUUGAUGAGAAAACUGCAAAUGAAGUGGAGAAAAGGAAACCACUCGUCCCAGCAAAGAAAAAGUUUGAUCCCAGCUUAUUUGGCUCAAUAAAACAAAAUAAUGAACCUAUUAGCUUGGUUAAGCUCCGUCCUGUCGGGCAAACUAAUGAGAGGCCCAAUUUGGACGAUGACGCAAAACUUCUAAUUCAGAACAGACAGAAAUUAAAUAGACCACCUGAAGUUCCUAAAAGAAAACCAACGAUACCAGAAGCUCUACUGAAGAUUGACAAAUUGAACAAGACUGAUAUAAGCUUGAAUAUGAAGAAAGAAGAAGAUGUACCAGAGGCUCUGCUUAAAAAGAAGCAUUUGCAAAAGUCUAAAACAGCACCAGUAAUACCGGCAAGGAAAGUCUCAUUGAAUGAAGUCGUAAAGAAGUCCCAGAUAUUAGGGAAGCAAGAAGCCAAAAUUGUAGCAUCCCUCGGCGAUGAUAACGAUACAGCUGCUAAUAAAUUAGAAGCUGUCCUAAUGGCCCAUCGCCUACGUUCUCGUAACACCAUAGGUACAUCAACUUUAAAAACGAUGUCAAGUAGCGAAGAUAACAGCUUAUUCAGCAGAGAUAGCUCUAUUAAUACCUCCAAGAGUGAAGUAAGCACCGUUGGACAACCGAAACCUCUGGUUCACGUCACAAAGGCACGUGCCCGUGGUCCCAAGAGGAAGUUACCAACCAAAUUUUAA